GUAUUAUCGUGUGCGUCAUAUCUCUGGAGGAAAUUACCAUCACGCCUGACACGGUCCCGUACAGCCAGUGCCGGGAAAUAAGGACAGCGGUUACAAUGACCAGUAACAUGGACAGAAUAACGAUUGCAGCAAGUGCAGCCAUAUGUGGCACGGUCUUGAUCGCGGUCGUCGUGUUCAUUGCGGCGAGCAAGAGUCGAGCCAAAAAGCUGCGAACGUUGCACAAUGCGGUAGCGUCCGGCCAUCCAAACAAAUCCGGCAUCCCGGUGGGCACCUUACCGGCKAACUGCUACGCAGGACCAAACGCAGCCCAGAUGUCCUCUUUGGCCGCCCUAAAUGCGUUCAACAGUCACAAGGAUUGGGAUCAGGGUUCGGUGUACAGCAAUCGGAGUUUAAACCCGUCCCGAAUGUACCGAAUGGCCGAUAGCAGACAAGGGCUCAAUGAAGAUUUACACUCGAAUAUUUCAAACUUCAGUGCGAAACCGCCGAAAAUGCGUUCAGUCGCCGACGGCCAGUCGCAGAACAGUUUCUCGAACAACUCCAUGAGGUAUUUGGGCGGAAACAACGCAUACGCGACCGAUCUGGUCAAUUCCAGACCCGAACUGAGGCAAUCGCGGCAGUCGUUGGCCGUCUCCGAGAGGAUGUCACACAUCAGUUAUCCGGGCAGUGGCCGCACGAACACAUCCCGUAACAAGCCCAGGCAACGUUCGAGGACCAGAGAUGGAACGCAAAACAGACCGCCCAGCAGGUACAGCCAUACCGGUUCCCAUCACACGCUCAACAAUUAUUGCGGCGGAGACACGUCGGACAAUUGGACCGAUCACGACAUGGACAUAUACAUGACCAGAAAUCCGACAGCUAGAAACGGUCUUGUGCCACUAUAGAAUGUUAUUAUAACAAUAUGAUAAUAAUAAUAAUAUUAUUAUUAUUAGCCAUUAGAUAUGUACGGAUACGCGUAUGAUACAACCUAUAAUAUACAUAAUACAGUAGAUAUAUAUACGCAUACAAUAUAAGCACUUGGAGCUCAAUUGAAAUUAAUUUAUUUGUAACAUUUAUUUUAUACAAUUAUGACUACACAGUAUUAUAAAUUCAUAAAUAUAUAUAUAUUAUGUGUAUAUGAUUAUAUUAUUACUAUACCUAUAUCCGAUUUUGAUUAAUUAAACUUAAGGCGAUAAUAAUUAUCGUCUGCAGAAUUGCGACCACCUAUAUCUAUCGAAGGUAGUUAUUUUCUUCAGAAUAUUAAGUAGAUAACUUUUUACAUGCAUUAUAUUUAAAACUGUUCAAUGUUCUAUAUAUAUAAAUACUUUUUUUUAAGUACAAAUUAUAUU